UCCGGUCAGUCGCGUGGUCACUGCACAUCGUAAUGAAAAUCUAGUUUUACGAUUGCGUUCAGAAGAUAACAGACGUUCCUUGCUUCAAUUCGUCGGUCCCGUGCAAAUUGACGCCACAGAAAUAAUGGUCGCUGCAUCCGGACAACAUUGUGCCUUUGUGACAACAUAAUAAAGUGGAGUUUACAGUGUGUGGAAACUAUGAAGCCGGAAAACAAAAUGAGGGCCCUCAACAUGGAGGACAGCCAGCCCCCGUCGCAGGCGCAGUCCACAAUCACUCUGGUCAAUAUCCACAACAUCAAACCCGAAAAGGAUUACGAGUACAACCCGUUUGAGCACAGAAAACUGGCACAUCCCACAUCAACAUCAGGUGCGUUCUUCCAUCUUCUCAAAUCCUCGCUCGGCUCAGGCUUACUGGCCAUGCCUUACGCCUUCAAGAACACGGGUUUGAUUCCCGGAGCGAUCGGCACUAUAAUUGUGGCUGUGAUCGCGACGCAUUGCGUUCAUAUACUGGUGAGCACUUCAAGAGACGUCUGCAGGGUGUGCCGAUCACCUUUCCUGAGCUACACCGACACAUGUGAGAAGGUUUUCAAGUAUGGACCAGUGAGGCUACGGCGGUACUCCACGCAUGUAAUGCAUUUUGCGGACUUCGCCAUGGCGGGAGUAUGUUUGGGAGGCACAAGUGUCUACGUAUUGUUCAUCGCUUCCUCGUUGCAAAAUAUCUUCGAUCACUUCUUCCCCGAGCACAAGUUCUCCAUCAUCGCUUACUGCGGGAUGCUGCUCAUCCCACUCAUCCUCAUCACUCAGAUCCGAUACCUCAAGUUCCUCGUGCCAUUCUCGAUGGUCGCCAACCUCUGCCUUCUGGUCACCUUCGGGAUCACCUGCUAUUACACCUUCACUGGCAUCCCUGAGAAGUCAAACGCUGAGCUGGCUACAAACAUCACUAAAUGGCCUUUGUUUAUAAG